UUACGCACAACCUCAGUGCCUUCCUGUUGGACAGCAGAGUGCCAUGAAGGCCGUCAGUGUUUGAGUGAUUCUCUCUCAUCCCGCCACGAUGAUGAUCCUGCUGCUGCCUGCUCUGUUGGUAACUCUGUGGGCAGAAGCAGCUCGGUGCCUGGAGGAGGAUGGAGGAUUUCAACUUCAAGGAAACAUCCGACACUUCGCCGUGCUCAAUGACACGAUUUACAUCGCAUCAGAGGAGAUGCUGUACCAGCUGAGCCAUGACCUGACUCUGGUUCAGAGUGUGACCCAGAGAGGGAUCUUAACAGGUGCUCCUAACCCGACUGACGCGCAGUUUACGCGGGUUUCUGAGAUGGAUACUUGGAACGCCACCUUCAGUGUUAACGUGUUAUUGCCGCAUGUUGCAGAUGGAAAUCUGAUAGUAUGUGGUGUGACUGAUAACGGGUGUGGUUACUGUGAACUGCUGGACUUGAGGAACAUUUCCAAUGUGGUCUACAGAGAGAACAUCCAGGUGGGCUCUUUGUGGCGCAGCAGCGCGUCCGUGAGUUUCCUGGUGAGUGUGAAGACCCGGACCCGAGCAGAGACUUACAUCCUCUCUGCUGUGCAGCAGUACAAGGUCUCUCCGACAUUUAAAGGCUGCCCCUCUGUGUCAGAUGCAGUUAACCUUCUUAACACCAACGACGAUCAAAAAGGACAAAUAUUUUCUAAGAAUAGUGAGGAUAUAGAUCCUCUAAUCAGAGGUGAAGGUGAUCUAGACCUGGAGUUUGUGGAUGGGUUUCAGAUUGAUUCCAUCAUUUAUCUUUUUUCCAACGUUCCCUCUGAAGACAAGAGCAACAAAGUCCGACUCCUUUGGCUUGAAGGCAAAGGAGGCAAAUUUAAGACUCUGAAGUCGCUGCGGGGAGCGACUCUCAGAGUCUCUGAUGGAGAGAGAGGGCACAAACUGAUCUCCUCCUCGGUGAUCCGGGAUGGUCCGCCGGGUCUCUGGAGCGGCGUGUUCGCUGUGGACGGAGGACAAACCAACACCGAGCUGCUGGUGUUUGACAUCAGCCCUGAUCUCACAUCAAGGCCUGAUGCGGAUCCAGACUUCUGCAGUGACUGUGGAAAGCCAAAAUCACCGCCAAAGAUACUGAAGCCAAAGAAGGUGAUCUUCAAGCAGAAAUACAUGACCUCUGUGCUGGCAGUGAGAAAGAAGGACUGGAUAGUUUUCUUUAUUGGGACGGGAGACGGGCAGCUCAUUAAGCUUGCUGUUGACAAGAACUUCCAAACCACCUGUCCCAAAGUGCUCUUCAAAACCAAAGAUGACCACAGAGUGUUUUCAAAAUUACAUCUGGAUGAGGUGGAUCUGAAACACGUAUAUGUUCCAUUUCAGAACCAGAUAAAUCGUGUCCCUGUGUCAGACUGCAACACUCACAAAACCGUGCAGGCCUGUUGGUCUGCACAGGAUCCAUACUGUGGUUGGUGCGGCUCUAAACAAAGCUGUACAUUGGAGGAUGACUGCAAAGAUCCAGACUGGUUAUCCAUUCCUGAUGAUUCUCAAAAGAAGAUGGUUUCCUACAAAGUUGCACAGGACAACAGUGGACAGGUUCAAAAUGAUAUCACACUGAACAUCCAGAUGCAUGUGACAGUGGGUGCGGGCAUGCCUUCUAACUUCAUCUGUCAGAUCUCUGCAAGCUCCAGUGAACAGUUUAUAAUGGAUAACCAACAGUUCCCACAGUGCACCUUCAUCCUCCAAAAUACCAUACUUCCUGCUAAAGGACUGCCUGGUACACUCAGAGUUGGACUUGGAUCGACAGAAGUGUUGGAAAAGCUGAACCUUUUCAACUGCAUAAACAUUAGAGGACCACCAACACCUGUCCUGUGUCAGCAGUGCAUUGAGGCUGGAUGCAGCUGGGCUACAGACAGAUGUUCCUGGGCAAAUCAAGGCUCAAGAAAUGACAGUGUUUGUCAAACGAUGGCGUCACAAAUGAACCUUUCUAAACCAGAGAUCUACUCCAUCACUCCCAGUGUUGUGUCUUUCUACGGCAGAAACCACGCAGUGUUGAAUGGGAGCAACCUCGGUACUGUGACUGGAGUGCGGAUCCAGACAGGCAUGUACUGCACACCAAAAGAGAUUCCUAUCGAGGCCAUCAAUCGAGAAAAUCUGACCUUCCACAUCCCCCGUGCAGAGAAAGGUUUAGUCCAAGUAUGCGUUGUCCUCGCAGAUGGAAGUUGCCAUGGCAAUGCUAUUAUCACCUAUCAAUCAUCGCCAUCCUGCACCAAACUGUCACCCACUAGCUCCUGGAUCAGUGGGAAAAGGAAAAUCACAUUAUUUGGAACCUACCUGGAGUUUGUAGAAGCAAUCAAACACAGCCAAGUCCUGCAGGAAGUUUCCACAAACACCAAGGAUCAGAAAAUUACUUAUGACUCUCCUGCAGCUGAAAACGCUCAUGGAACAUUUUCAAGCACUUUGUCAUUGAGAGUAGCCAACGAAACCUUGGCCUGUUCCACAACUCUAACCUACUAUCCAGACCCUGAGUUUACAACCUUCUCUUCUACAACGUCAGGAGACGAUAACCGCAUCAUCAUACAGAAAAAAAUGGACAAACUCAAUAUGACCCUCACAGAAUUGUCUGUGUGGGGCAUUCAUGAAGAUAAACAACACCCCUGCAUCAUGGAAGGCAAAGAACUCAAUGAGGAGACUGAGUUUUUCACCUGUGAGAUUAAAAACACACGCAUCGGGAAGUUUCAGGAGAUAAAGAUCCAGUAUGGAGACAAGACGGUUACCCUUAACUCAACACAUUUGUACACUGUGAUGCUGAUCCGCCUCCUGCUGAUACCUCACGUUAUUAUUGCUUUGAUAGCGACCAUCUGCUGGAGCACACAAAAGAAGUUCACCUCAAAAAAGAAAGAGGUUGAGGAAGGCCUGGAGCUUCAAGAAGAUCAAUGUGCCAGGACUGUAUACUUACUUUAAAAUGAAGAGAAGAGGCUCCAACAGUGGAACGUGAUGAAGAAAAAGCAAGACAAAAAUGUUUAGUAAAACAGUCUAUGAAGGAUUGAACAAAUGUUGUUUUAUAGAUGAAUGAUAUUCAGAAGCUCUGUCUUAACUUUUUUGUCCUGUAAAGGUAAAAAAAGGUUAGUAAUGCAGUCUUUAGGAUAUUGGAUAAAUUUUGCAAUAAUAAUGAAUAAAAUGAAAAUGAUUCUUACCUUUUUUGGUCUGCUCAGAUGAAAAAGUUAGUGAGGCUGUCUUUAAAUUUGUGAUAAAUUAAUAUAUAUUAGUGAAUAAGUUAAAAAGUUUACACCUACCUGUUUUAAUAAAGGUAAGGAGGAAGAAGGAGGUGAAGAAAGAAAGCUAAAGGGGAGAAAGUUACAUUGUCUAAUAAGCUUUUCCUCCAGGUCCACACUGAAGGUUCUGUCCACAGUCAUGAAGGAGACGACAGCCCUGCCAGACGCAAGAGCUACCUGAGGCAUCAUCAGUCCAGCCAGAUGCAAAGACCGGCCCCCAGGAUUAAAGAAAAGUCGAUCCA